CAGAACGACUUUUCCGAUCCUCAAGGUGGAAAAGGAAUAUGCGACCGCCAAGCAGCGACUAUUAAAGGAGACAUUGGAAGAUAUGUAAACGAGGGCAAUGAUUUGACAACAGCAAUUCAGCUCAAAACAGCCAUAGAGUCUGGUCCAGGAUCUUGCGCUAAGGCUAGUUACGUUACAUUCAACCCGUCAAGCACUCGGCACGUCAAAUGGGAUGGUGUAAGCUUACUCAACAACUUCAAGUAUGAGGAGAACAGAAUACGAGCGUGGAGGGCAUUUAAUGUGGGUCCUGGAAAGUUGCUACCGUGGUCUCAGUUUGAAGGAGUUUUGCAGGUCCUUUUUAAAUGUCGUAAAAAUGACAGUGCACAUUAUUUGUUCUUCGGUACCCUCUUUGGAAAAUUCUUAGUAUUUUUCAUCGAAUAUUGUCAAAAUUAAACUUUAUUUUCUCUAUCAAUGACAGACUGUAGUGUUGUUUGACAAGCGCAAUCAAUAAAACAUGUAAGUCGCAAAACUCAUAGUGUUUUUAAUAGUCGCAUUGGACAACAGAAUGAAGAGGAUACAAAACUCAUUGGAGACAGUUCCUGCUUGGUAGUACAUUUUUUAGUUGUUAUUUACCUGAGCCCAUAGGGACGAGCUAUUUUGAAAGGUCAAAUAUCUUCAUGGAUUGGAAAAAAUAUAUUCCUAUUCCAGUGCGGCUACUUUUCACAGCUCUUGCUGAGUGACCCGAAACAACUUUCUGUAUGGUGCAAAAAUCAAUACUUUUGAACAUGAUGUAUUACUCAGUAAGUGACACAGGCAUAAUCGGAAAAAAAAUCCGAGUGCUUCAUGGGACAAACAUCCUGCAUACUGCUAGGAUUGGAAUGUCAUGUGUGGCAUACGCGCAAUGGAAUAAAUGUGAUGGAAUAUUUUUAAGCCUGGUGAAUAAAUGAGAAUGAUGUAUUAUUCAGUAAGCGACACAGGAGUACUCAGAAAAAAAGAAAUCCGAGUGCUCUCGGCCAUCAGGAGUCGAAACUAUCGACAUCGUGUCAGGUUAUGCCUAAGUGACACGAUGAGACGGUACGGGUAGUCAUCUCCAAUAAACUCGUUGGCUUUUAAAAACACGCAAUCUUGCUAAAAUCAAUUCUGGUUCAAGUCCGGAGAGUUUUUUAGGACUUCGUGCGAUGUUUUAUAUCCUUGUUACACAGCGUGAGCAGUGUGACGAAAGCUGAGUAAGGGUAGAAAUUAGCCAUUGGAAGCUACUUAGCAAGUGCGUUCGUCUGCGCCGCAAAUCUCACCGACAAUAUUCAAGAACGAGCAAGACGUCGUUAUGAUGUAUGUCUAUUAACUUCGCCAACAACAUACUCUGGUUAUAUGGUUAAGUAGAUUUGUUUAUUUAGAGAACGAUGCAAUAUUUGCUUUUCGUGGAAACAGUUACUUCAGAUUGGUUUUCGACGGCACAAAAGUUCUCAUACUAAAUAAAAUAAAUUCUAAUUGAGCUAGAAUUACUAUUAAGGUUUUCUUUUUUUUUCAGCAAGUUAACUGGGAAACCUGGCACAUCUUUGAGUAAGAUAUUUUAAAAACACGACUUAUUUAAAAUCAACGGAUGUAAAUAUCUGUUUGUUACUGUACUAAUUGUAGCUAAGUCGCUCGUGCGUGACGCAGAUUAGGGAGCGAGCCUGUGAGAUUUAAUUUCAGCUCGUGGUAAUUUUGGUGUUUCAUAGUUUGUUUUACCUGUGUAGACAAUAUUUAACAUUAAUAUAUAUUUUUAAAACGCCUCAAACCGCUAAAAAAGCAAAACCCUUAUGUUUUAUGUACAAACUUUGGCCGAGGAGUUAAUUUAUUCAAUAGUGCUUUGUUAUGUAGAGUUGUAGAUUUCAAAGGCGCUCAAUUGGAAUUUUAUCGAAUUUUGAUCGGCGUUCAUGCAAAAGUGCUACUAGAUCCUAAAGAUUUAAGACCGUAGACCUAAAAAUCAAUGACUGAACUGUCUUUGGUUAUAAUAUCAGAGGAUUUGAAGAACUACCGGUCAGCUUUUUUCGUCGCUGAGUUUGGAUUAUUUUACACCUUCGCGUAAAUGAGAAAAGUGUGUCUUCUUAAUCGGGUCUCAGUUCGCUCACAAAUAAGCAGAGAUAAAAAUAAUUCCCAUGGUUUGACUAAGGAAGAAUCAAUGUAUUCAAUUAUACUGAAGAAAGAUUCACAGCUAUGUAAACGUCUGUGUAGCGAGAAGCUGAAAAGUGUAAAAUUUCGAGUUUCCGCCAGGUGA